AUGGAGCCGGAAGUUUUGAAUUUCGACUCAAGUGCGUCCUCUCAGAGGAAGCAGAACCAUCACCCCCUGCGGGAAAAGGUCCGCCGUGGGGAUGUGGUCAUUGUUUCGUUAGAGAACAGGCCAUUUCGUGACCCGCGUCGCCCUGAUCAGGUGAGAUUUUUGGGCGGUUUUGUUUUGGAGACUGUUGAAGAGCUCGAAGCCAACGUGUUGCAGAAAGACUUCGCACGGAUGGUGGCCAAGUGGCAACAGUUCCAGAAGUUUUUUGCUACCGAAGAAAAACUUCUAGGCAAAGCCAGCCUCACUGGUGGACAGAUGCAGAAGGUGACUACCUUGACAUCGUCAUCUUUGAUUGAUGCGGUUUCAGGAUGGUUUUACGAUCAUCUUGCAGCCGCAGGAGAGCAGAUCCGGUACCGGGAGUUUGCGACAAGACACAAACCAAAGGCACAUAGAGUUCUCAUUGUUCCAGCAGCAGUAGGUCAGCAAGCUUUGGAGUUUCGCGGGAGGCGUGCCCGAAGUUUGAUCAGUCCUAAAUGCUUGACGUCGGCGCUCGGCAUCGUGGUGGAUUCUGUGAGGGCAGCUCCUGAGCCUGAGCGUGUUGCUGUUGCUGCAGGCAACAGCAACACAGGAGUUUCCCAGCGAGAGGAUGUUCCCCCGGACUUGCAUUUGUUCUAUGCGUGUGUAGCACAUCAUAUUCAAAACUUGCAAGACAUCCCCGACAUCAUGCAGAUGGUGGGCACCAUGCUGUUGCCCUCCAUGGGCUUGGAGCCGGCGAACGUGCCAGUUCCGAAAUCCAGAAGGACUUUUGCAAGGGACAUCAUCAAAUUGGAUUUGAUUCACACAUGGAGUAAUCGGAUCUUCAACAAAGCCGGGGAUCCACGGUGGCGGCGUGCCCGCUACCUGGGCAGCGACUCGUCGCCCCAAGGUGGCUACGAUUACUUCGCAGUUACUGAGGACGUUCUGGAAAGGAGUCCCGCCUUGGACUUCCUGUCGGUGCCUGAGGAACAGUUCGAUGCUUUUGGAGGUUUCACCUGGCACAGGCGAACGUUGCCCCUCACGACCUUGGCACGUGGGCACGGCUCGGCAUCAAUGAAAUUCUGUCGUCUGAUUCAUGUUCUGCACCAGGAACAGGGUGCAGAAAACAUAGACAUGUAUCGGAGUGAAGUCAAAGGCUACUUGAGCGAUCAGGGAACGGAGAAGCAUCUGUUCGGUUUUCCGUAUGAGAAAAAUGCAACCCUGAACAGCCUUGCUCGCGGCCUGCUGUCCGGAGACGUGCAGCUGGAUGAGGUGGGCAACAUUGCUUUUUUGCACAAUGCUUACCGCAUUCCCGGAGUAAUGCACAUUCUUUUCAAUGCGCUUGAAUCAGCUCUCAAAACUUCCCCGUUGUGGGACCCGUACGAGACGGAGCUGAGGGCUGUGGGCAGGGUUUUUUCGCAGAAGUCUUAUGUAGAUCUUGUGCUUCAAUUCACACCUGGCCUGUCAGCAGCAGACCAAGAGCUCAUACGUGGGCUGGAUGUUGCAGUGCUCGAUUGGAGAUGGGAAAGCAUCGAGUAUUGUGCAAAGUACUGGAAGCAAGUAGCCCCAAUCCUAAAAGAGAAGUGGCAUGGCGGGUCUCUGGGAGCGUCCGAAAGGAAACUUGCCCAGGUGAUUCGUGCUGCUUUGGGCAGCACGAAGAACCGGGCAAUGACAUUGUGGACAAGCCUUCUCUCCGGAGCUGUGGGCCAAUGUUCAAGGUGGCUGGAAGGAUGUUUUUGCCAUGAGCGGGACAUAUCCUUCAGGCAAUCCCGUUCGAGAGCGGCAAAGAGGCUGUUGGACCCUCAAACGGGUCCGUCAGCAACGGGGUCCUUGUGUGCGUGGAAAGGAAAGCGUCUGUGUGUGUUCGCCUGGGAUGGCCCUCAGAAGUUUUUGGACAUCAUUCGUGAGGUGAGUGUUAGUGAUUUGAACAAUGAGUUGCUGAAGUUUGACCAAGAGCUGGCAAAUGAGAUUCUGCGGACAGAUGGUCUAGUGCGACAGAACUUGGAAGCGGUCCUGCGAGACAAGUUCGCUUGGUGCCAGAAGCUGCCUUUCAAAGUAGCAGGUAUCUUUCGUUUGUACGUAGAUAAGUCUCUGCCUGAGGUCAUAGGGUUCGCAAAGUCGUGUUUCCAGGAAUAUGCUGCAGCUGCCGAGGCCGGCGUCAGCAUAGAUCCUAUCAGUGUUUUCCUAUGCGGGAAACAAAGUGACGAAAGCCGUCAACUAUGGCAGUUUGUCCAGCAGGACAUCACUGGUGGUCGCACACUGAGGUCGCUGCGACAAUUUCCACGGGCGUUCGUGGAAAUCCAGGAGCGAGCGUGGUGCCCCAUGGCAGAGCGGUUCUUAGAGUCGCAACAUCGAGGCAUCAAGUGGGCUUUUCGCCGAGGCUUCACUCAGGCGAAGCCUGCCGUAACCUGUGCACGGCUUCGUCGGAAUCAGGUCCUGCAAAUGGUGACCAGCGACGGAAUGAGCGAAGCUAAGCGGUUGUCUCGUGUUUACUGCUACAGCUUGGCGGAUCAUUUCCUCGACGUCGACGACAUGGAGGUGGCCGCUGAAGCCUUCAAGGCUGCUGCAGCAGCCAUCACCAACCAAGCGGCGAGUGGGCCAGUCCUGAAGCCCGGCCACAGGCAGUGGGUGAGUUUUCUGAAGCAACAGCUCAGCAACGGCACCCUAUGUUCCUUCCCCCGAAGUAUCUUCGAACUACUUUCAGCAGAUGAUGAGCCGGAGGAGGAGGACAAGGAAGGUGAUGAUGCUGAAGAUGACGUAGAUGAUGACCUCCUGUCUGAGGCUCUUGGUGACGAAGAAUUCGGACUCCCGGACUUGGUCCCCGGAGGAACGGUUUACUGUCAGGUCAUCGAUGCCCGACCCGAAAAUCGUGCCUCUGUGAAACAGGGUCUCGCUGAGGACAAAGGCAGAAACGGGAUGCUGGUGCAGAUCUUCUCGGACGUUCGCCCGAUCACGAAUGUAGACGGUGUUUGCAAUCGUGUUGAGGUGUGUGGGUCUGGGUCGUCUGUGACUAUGCUGAAUCUGUCGCGAGCCUGCGCACGUGACCUCGUGUUGUCGAUGUUUCAGCAGGUCUGUGUCUGGUCUGCUGAGUCUGCGGGCAUGCGGUUAGAGAUUCAGAGCGGGCCUGCCGGGCCUGAGGAAGACCUCUUCCCUGCCCUACCAGACAUCAAUGCAGGCGAAUUGGUGGAUGAUGACAUGAAGCUGGAUGUUUUCGUGCAGCAAGUAGUAGAGAACUCCUUGGUAGCACAGGCAGACAUUUUGUCAGAGAGGCAGGCAGGAACCCAGGUUGUCGCCGACACCCUUGUGGCGGAUCUGCCAGAGAUUUUCCCAAGCAUCGUCCAUGUGACCGCCGUUUCCCCUCAGCAGCAGCUUGUCCUUCGAUUUGGCGAAUUCCUGCGCUCAUUGUAUUUGCAGCCAGCAGAGGAGGUCUUCUUCAAAGCUGCUGAAGAGGAUUUCUUGGACAAGUCCGGCUUUUGCAGGCUUGCGACACCAGCCUUCCCACGAGCAGCUGAGCUUUGGGACUACUUGGAAAAGAUGAGCGGCCAUGACAAAAUGUCACAAGCAGAAUGGCUGGCAAUCGCAGCUUUGCAUGUUGAGUGCGUAGAGCCUGCUCCCUGCACUCAAGAAGCAGACCCUGCAUCCACUACCGUUUGCCACGUUCCACGCGGGGCCGUGCUGAGGUGUGUCGGACAUGCGGUUUUGGACGAGGGCCUCAGACGGCAUGUAGUUUAUGGUGAGCAUACUGGAUGGAUUUCCGCUGAGCGCUUCAUUAUCAGCAGCCCUCUUGUCUUUGGACGGGAAGAAGAUGACGAGUUUUUCGAACAGGCUUGUGGCUUGAGUGGCGCCCAAGUCGCCGAAGACGACAUGAGAAUUGACGAUCUCCUUCCAGCUCCUCUCAGAGGCGAGCCAGAAAUAGUGGAAGAAGAAGUGAUUGCAGCAGAUGGCAAUGCGGCCAGCGCUGCAGCAGAUGGCAAUGCGGCCAGCAGCACUGGGGGUCGAUCGAGAAGGGCGCCGGCUGAAUUGGGUUCAGAGUACUUGCAAGCAGUAAACAAGCGCAGGCGCUUGCGACCUGAGUCCCAAACCCCCACUGCCCCCGCUGAGCCGGUCCUUCGCCGUCCUGCUGCUCGCAAUGCUCAUGGAAGGCAUGUGGAUGGGCCGCGGCUGCAGCAGGUAGAAGCUGAAGUGAAACGCUUGCAAGCACCUGAUGGACCGGAAACUUUAACUUCAAGAACUGCCUUCGCGCGCAUCGUCCGAGAUGUUAUGGACAAAGAAGGUGGCCAAGGGAAGCGCAUAAGCUCCGAAGCCUUGGGCCUACUGCAGUUUGCUGCCGAGACACACGCCACUGAGAACUUGGUUGCGUGGGGCAAGCUGGCGAUGCACGCAAAGAGGAUCACUCCCGAUCAACGUGAUUGUGCCAUGCUACGCUGGGUGCAGCGUGGAAACAAGACAACCGGCAACAUCGCUGCGGAGAUGAGUUGGCAGCACCGGCUUUCCUUGCUUCCUGCAAAGCCAAUGGCUUCUGAAGUGCGGGUGGGAGAGCAAGAUGCAGAGAAGGAGGUUUUCAAGAAGUAUCACUCAGAGUUCCCCUGGCUAAAGUUGAUUGAGCACGGGGGCAAACAUGCUUUGGGCUGUCGACUCUGUAUGGCUUUCAACGCGGCCAGAUCCUCAAAGGACAAGUUCAUAAACGGCAGCUAUGUUUUGGGCAAGUACUUUUACCGCCGAAAACUUCAAAAUCAUGAAACCUGCGCGGCGCAUCAGAAGGCGAAGAACAGCCAACCGACAAAUGUCAGCGACGAUGCAGUGGUGGCCGUUCACAUGGCGCGACAAGUAGGGGGCAUGCUGCUGGAGAGCCAUGAUACUGAGACGACAUUCUGCAAGAUGCGCGAUGGAGCCUUCACUGACAUGAAGCGCCGCCUGGGCGAGGAACUCCGCUCAUGUCGAGCGUUUUCUAUUUCCAUGGAUGAGAAAGACAUCUUUGUGGUGGUGGUCGUCAAAGUCAUUACAGAGGAGUGGGACAUCAAAACCCGGCUUCUUUCUUACAGAGAGCUCACUGGCUUCACUGCAAAGGAUAUUUUCGGAUCUCUUCAGCAGAUGCUGGAAGAGCUUGAGGCCGAUCGAACAAGGCCCAAUCUGCUCAGCAAAUGCCUUGGUUUCACUUCAGACGGAGCAAGCGUGAUGGGUUCGCGGCGUGCCUUUGGUCUCCCAGGGUCAAACGUGGCCAAAAUGUUGCAAGAAGCAUGUGCUUCUCGACUUUUGACGACGCAUUGCUGUGCUCACAAGUUCCAAUUGAGUAUAUCCGAGUCUUUGAAGUGUGAUGAGUACCUUGUCUCGCUGGAAAAGAUGUGCAACAAGCUUUUCAGGUUCUUGCGAAACCACCCCCACAGCCAAGUAGACUUGGUAUUUUGGGCUUCACUCGUGGAGGACGAGGACUUUCUCACCCAUUUGGGUACGGCAAAGGCUCGCUGGUUAUCAUUGCUUCAACCCUUGGCCCAGAUUGAGAAAUCGUAUCACACUAUCCUUUGCCACCGGCAUUUUUCGUACACAGAGGAAAAGGACCGGGAGAAGCGCAAAUGGCUUUCUGAAAUCUUUCAGUUUAUGGCAACAUGGCAGUUCAGAGUGACGCUAGCAGGAGUGGCAGAUAUUCUGCAAAUAUGUUUUUCGUGCAAAAACCGGCUGGAGAAGCCGUUGAGGAUGCAUGAGACGCUUCAGGCGCGAGACAGGCUUUGUGCAGAGUUGGACGGGUUUUGCCGCAAAAACAGCGCAGCAGCGGAUGCUUUCGUGAGGUGCGGCCAGCCAGCUGCUGCAGCUCCACCAAAUCCUGUUUUACCAUCACGUCUGGAGAAGAUUUUGCACACAUACACCCACGCCUGGAGGGAAACCUAUGUGUUGAAGUAUGUCAGUGAGCAAAAAGGCAGACAGGAAUAUCAAAUCAGGCUGAAACCUCUGGUCGAUGAUGGCCGCCAAACCCCCGCAGAACAGAGAAAUGCCAUCAAGGCCAUUUUCCAACGGCUGUCUGACUUCGCAACAACCUGCCAGGAGCGUGUUUUCGACAGGUUCCCUGACGUUCCUGUUUACGGUCAUUUCAAAAUUUUCGAGUCCGUGGAGGUGCUCGAACUACGAGACGUGGCACCGAGCUUUGAGGCGUUGGGGACAUUUUACAACUUGGCCGAAAACCACCUGGAGAGCUUCAUAUCUGGCUUGCGAAAGCUUUGGGCAGAAAGAAGCGCGGAGGUCACCAAGGGUCAGGUUGCCGAUCCAACGGCUUUGUGGCAGGCUGUUCUCAAGCAGACGGCAGAUGAAGAUUUGGGAGAGGGUCGGCGAGCAGUGCUUGCCUGGCUGCUGUUCCAAAGCGAGUCCGCCUCUUGCGAAAGACUUUUCGCUUUGGCGCAGGUACUCCGGGACAACAUAGGCAGUGGGCAUUCGAGCUUGACCUAUGAACCAUAUCUUAUGGUUCGUGUGAAUGGACCCCAACCAGAUCAGGCAGGUGAGGUGGUCGAAACGCUUGCCACGAAAGUGCUUGCAGAUGCUGACCUGCGCUUUGCGGUGGCUGGCAGCGGCUGGUACAAAAAGGGCGGCCGGCUGAUUCAACGCAAGCGGCGGCAGCGAAGUGAUGUCGGGAGCAAGAGGCCCAAGUACAAUGCCAAGAAACGCACAAAGAGGCUUGCCAGCCAGCCGGUGCUCAGAGGGCUCCAGGCGGAGGGUUCAUCGCAUGUCCUGGCUGCCUCCAGCGACGCACCCAUCCCAGACAUCAUGUUGGUACUGCUCCGGAUGGUCAUCGUCGUCAUCAUCGCCAACUUACUUUCCCUUCUACACGAGCGGCAGGUGGCGGAUGCCCUCGUGCAUGCCGGUGCUCUGGGGUCGACCGAGAUCUCUUUGUCUAGGCUGUCAGCAGAACACGACGUGCCAAUGAGCCACGUGCUGCGCCUCUGCGAAAGGGGCUUGGUUGCGGUCCGCUUUGACGACUUCGGGGAUGCCCUGGUCGCCUUGGUGGCUCCGUUUUUGCUGCGGCCCAAAACCUUCUGGGUCGACCCCCUGCCUUUGAGCCAUGCAAGAGUGGAGCUCCUCAACAGGUCCCGAAAGAAGGGUACCAACAAACUUGAGUUUGUGAGGGCUCUUGUGCGAAGUGGAUGGCACUGGCUCAAUCCUGGGCAGGACACCCCUGAGCAGAUUUCAUCUGAUGAUGUUCCCGGGUGUUUGCCGAAGAAUGUGUUGACUCUUACCGAGUCGCAUCUGAAGGCUUUGUUCCUAGCACCAUGGAUUUUUCAGAAGCCGGGGAAGUUGCCACGAAUGUUUCACGAGCAGAAGCAGGCGUACUAUGAGUAUUUGCUGGCUGCUGCGGAUUUGAGUAGCAUCGCUCACAUGUCGCAGAGCGACAUCACAGCCUUUUUCAGCAAGGACAAAGCAGCCGGACGGCGAGUCCGGGGUCUUGCUCAGAGGCUGCGGGACGAAUCUGAUGUGAGUGGUGAUGAAGGUGAGCAGAGGCCUGUUUUAGAGGACCUUAAAGCCUUUGUAAUGUCGGAGGCCAUUGAGGCCAACGAGCCUUCGGCUUUGCAUCCCGACCUUCGCCAGGCCCCUGUGCAAUCCAGAGUUCCGGGCCUUGACUGUAAAAUUUACUUUGACAACUUCAGCCAUGAGUCGGGCAAGUUGCGGGCCUUCUGCCAGUGCCCGUAUCACCGUGACAAGAGAUGCAGGUUGUACUUGUUUGUGGAGCAUUUGGGCCGCUCAGAGACGGUGGCGAAGCUGCUGGCUUGGGCGAGUGUGGAAGCAGCCUCUGUAGAGGAACAUCUCAGGUUGCGGCCGACACAGGACAAGGAAAGCGAGAGUGAUGCCGAUGCGUUUGUGCUGGUCUUUGGCAGCCAGUUUUGGUCCAGUAUCCAUCUCCUUGUUUGCGUUGUCUUAGACAACGGACAUGCCCAGAGAAAGAAGCCGGUCGCCACGGCCAGCAGCGGAAUGGAGAUGGUGCUGGAUGAAAACAAAAAGCCCGCACUCCGGAUAUGGUGGUGGCAGUGGUGGCGGCAGUACAUUAGCCGGACAGUCAAAGCGAAAGGGAUGCCAGACCCUUUUUGUUUGUAUUUCGCAGCCGUCAGCAUGUUAGCGAUUUCAGUUGAUGGAUGCUGCGGUGUUGCAGCAGUUAUCGCUUUGAGUGUUUUGCUAUGUUUCGCCUGGAAAGAGAACUCAAAGUUGAGACGGCUGCUGGCCAACGGCCAGCAGCACACUCAGCCUUGCAGCGAAAAUGAGGAUGAUUCCGAGUGGGUGAGCGUGCGAAGUGGGGCAGAUAGGGUCAAGCAGCUGCGACAUCGAGAUUGGGCGGCUGAGAGUCGCCGAUUGCAUCUGGAGGUCGAACGGCUGCAAAGGGAGCUUGUGCGUGCUCCGGAAAGGGCACAACUGCCGCAUGAAGUGUUCUUCACCACGUCUGGACGUGGAAAGUGCUUCCACCAUCCAGAGUGCAGACAUGUGCAAGGAUUUUCAUGCCGCCACCUGGCCGGCGUGACGGCCGCCAAAGCUCAAGAUGCCGUGCAGUCCUGGAUCAGCAGCCAGGCACAGGGCCUCUGGAUAGCGUUGCAGUCCUCUGGGAUCCUGCCGGUCCUGUUGCACAUCACAAUCAUUUUCAUCACCGUCGCCGUCCUCCCAUCAUUGUUCAAGCGACUCUUCCGACUCCGACGCUCGGAGCAAACGGAUGAGGGCGGAUCGGACGGUCGGCCGAAGAAGCCGGAGAAGGAGGGAGCACCCCUCCAGAAGGAAGCGGAGGAGGACCAGUCGGACUGGUACCAAAGGGUAAAAUGCCCAGUUUGCAAGAAAGCCUGCUCCAAAUGGGGCCUCCUCCCCCACAUGCACAACUCCUUGACUUGCAAGGAGAUGCAAGGCAAGCUUCCGGAGGCUCAGCUUUCAAGGUGCUUGGCGUAUGCAAAGAAAUUGCAACAAGAAGCAAACCAGAAAGCUGAUGAAGGCGCCGGCUGCCUUGCCGAUCUCCAGCUGAGCAGCGAGAGCGGCAAACAGGAGGAGAAAGGCCGGCCUGAGAAGAUCGUGUUGAAAGAGGGCCCCUCCGCCCCCAAGCCGUACAAAUGUGUGGGCUGCGGCCAGGCGUUCGGCACGGAGUAUGCCCACUGGCAGCAUUGGAAGGCCAAGCACGAAGGCAGCCAUCUUCCGGGCCCUGAGAAGCCGAGACGUGGGGCCUCUCGAGUGAGCUCACCCGGCCCAUCGGCAAGCCAGGCACCGCCACGGCCAGCAUCGGCAGCGGUGUCCAGUGCAGUUGCUGAUUUGCUGGAGGCGGCCUCCCGAUUGGAUUGCUACGAGUUUGAUGCAGCUUUAGGUGCCUUUUGGAGGAAGCAUUUGGGAACACGUGCCCAGUCCAUGCAUCUGGACAAAGCUGGUGACAUCAACUUCAUAAAUUGCAGUGAUCUUGAGAGUGACGUCGAGGUGCUGGUGGCAGGACCACCAUGUCAGCCUUGGAGUCCCAGUGGCAAGCGAGGGGGUGAAUACGACGACAGGAGUUUGGUUUAUUUGCAGGUGAUCAGCAUGAUCGUGCAUUAUGCACACAAAGGCUCCUUGUUGUUUUUCCUCGUGGAAAAUUCAUCAUUGCUGGCCAAGACUGCUUUCUUAAGGGAUGUCAUGCAAUACUUGUCGGUGGCCAUUCCGUGGUUUGUUGUGAAUUAUGUCCAGCAGGACCUCCAGGCUGUGUUCCCCCAUUCCAGGUCCUUGUUGAUGCAAGGCAUUGGCAACACGGAUCCCGGUUUGCUGUCUGCAAAGCAGCAGCACAAUCUGGAACAGUACAAAGGUUUCGUCAAGCGAGAUUUGCUUGACGGCCACGGCUUUGAGAUUGCGGUCCUGGAAGUAGACAGAGCACCUGGCACCCUGUACGGUUCUCGAUAUUAUCGGGACGUUUGCCCGGCUUUGCGAACUUCAGGUGGUAGCCUGUUCGUGUUGUCCACAGGUGACCUAGAUCAGGAGUGGCGGGAGCAGGAGUUCCACAGGCCCUUGACCGCUCAGGAGAGACUUGUGUUGCAGGGGCACAGCGGUGAGUUGUAUUAUGAUUUCUACAGAUCCUCCGACUGUGUGAAAGCCACGGGCAAUGCGUUUCACACAUUGGCUUUGGCCAUGAUGAUGUAG